AAUACGGGUUUGCGAUUUCAGUGGCUUGUACUGCGAGUGUUUUAAAGAGGUGGCCAUACCAUCGUUCGUUUCUUUAUAAUUUGUUAUUGUCAAGAGUUGACAGCCGUAAUAUGCAAGCGGAAUCGGGUAUAGUUCCUGACUUCGAGGUUGGAGAAGAGUUUCAAGAGGAACCAAAAACGUAUUACGAAUUGAAGAGUCAGCCCUUGAAAAAAAACAGUAAUCCUUCAGACCAGCCAUGCUCAUCUUCUAAGCCCCCAUUGGGCUCCUCGACCACGACAUCACGGAUCCUGCUGCGGCAGCAGUUGAUGCGAGAGCAGCUCCAGGAGCAGGAGCGGCGGGAGCAGCAGAGACGCCAGGCCUCCUCCACCUCGCAGUACCCCCAGAUCACCGCCGCCCACAAUCACACGCACGGCCAGACACCGGCCAUCAAUGUCAGCGCUCCUCCCAGUCUGCCCCCUGCAUCCCAGCUGCCCAUGGAGGUGCUGAAGGUGCAAACUCACCUGGAGAACCCCACCAAGUACCACAUCCAGCAGGCCCAGCAGCAGCAGGUGAAGCGCUACCUGGGCAAGAUUGGCUCCCUGCCCUGCCCUAACCAGCCCGCUGACCACGGGGGCAUGCCUCCGGGGCCGGGCAACAGUGCCCCCAACAGCCCCAUGGCCUUACUCACCCUCAACAUCAACUGCGAGAAAGAGAUGGAUGAUGUCAUUGAUGACAUAAUUAGUCUGGAAUCUAGUUAUAACGAUGAUAUCCUUGGAUUAAUGGACCCACGGCUUCAGAUGGCCAAUAUGAUCACUGUCAACACUAACCUCUUGGAACUGUAUGGUAACCAGGGCAUGCCCCCUCCAGGACUGGCCAUCAACUCCUGCCCUGCCAACUUGCCCAACAUCAAAAGGGAAUACUCAGUUUCCCAAUCUCCGGCCAUUAUGCACAUGGACAAGUCAGAAUCAUGUGGCAAGUUUGAGAACUAUCAGAGGCCUGAAGGGUAUCCUGUAGAAGCAGAGGUCAGGGCAAUGGCAAAGGAAAGACAGAAGAAGGAUAACCAUAAUUUGAUUGAGAGAAGACGGAGGUUUAACAUCAAUGACCGGAUCAAAGAAUUGGGAACCAUGAUUCCAAAAUCAAGUGAUCCGGAUAUGCGUUGGAACAAAGGCACCAUUCUCAAGGCGUCGGUGGACUACAUCAGGAAGCUACAGCGGGAGCAACAGGGGGCCAAAGAGCUGGAGAACAGGCAGAAGAAGCUGGAGCACAUCAAUAGACACCUGAUGAUGCGGAUACAGGAGUUGGAGAUGCAGGCUCGUGCCCAUGGUCUGACCACAGACUCGUCUGCCCUCUGCUCAGCGGAGCUCUCAGCCCGAGGCAUCAAGCAGGAGCCAGCCCUGGGAGAUUUCCACCAGGAUCUGUACCCUGUCGACCCCCAGCACCAACACCACCCAGCCUGCACUCCAGACCAGGUUCAGUCCACCACCUUGGAGCUCAAUGAUGAAGCCUCUCCUUACACUGAGGGCCACGGGGGAAUCUCAGGCGAGCUCCGGAUGGACGACACCUUGUCCCCGGUGGGAGGGGGAGACCCCCUGCUCUCCUCUGUCUCGCCCGGGGCCUCUAAGGACAGCAGCUGCUCAGGCAGCAUAAGCAUGGAAGAGAACGACCAUGGCUGUUAGCACUCACUGCUGCCCACACACCUGCAUCUUUAUCUCCAUCCCUCCACCCUGUCCUACUUCAGCCAGCUGCUGGUUGGUUUGUUUGCUGGUUGAUUGUUUUCAGGUGUUGACACAUAUUUAAUUUUUCAGCCCUAUAUUUUGUUUUGUUUAUUUUAUGGUAUCAUUGGGUUCUGAAAGCGUUCAAACUGAAUUUAUUUAAGUUUCUCUUAUGUAUUGAUUUUAAAUAAAAAAAUUAUAGUUCAUUUUAAUCGAUCAUGACCUGAUUUUUAUAAUACUUUGAUGACAAUGAGUCAGGGAGCAAUAUCUGAUACGUACCUGUGUAUAGUUAUCAUGGUACUGUAUAGGACAGGCUUAUAAUAGUUAUAAAACCCUGAUUGAUGAGCUUAUUGCUUUUAAAUUUUAAACAAUGUAAUUCCCUCGGAAUGAAAGCUAAAAAUUGUGGUUAAAUAUAUUUUUGGUGAGAUACACACUACUUGCUUUUUAGCAAGUCUGUUCAGAGCAAUUUGACAGAAGCGAUAAUAGAUUAUUUUAAUUACUUUUGUGCUUUACCAUCAUCUUAGAUUGAACUUGAAUGUGACAAUGCCUUAGUCAGAGGAUUUGUAAACAUUUCACAUAUAGUACAGAAUGUAGUGAGUCUACCAAUGUUGUCAGAAAUGCAACAGUGAUUUCAAUACGAGCAUAUUUUGCUUUAUGAAGAUAUUUCUGAUAAUAUGAUGGAAAUGUAUUGCAAGAAAUACUCACUAAGGUCUGGAUUCAAUACGUAUCGUGGACGUAUCACGGAUGUUAAAAUGUAAAGGUAAUUUCCAAUUGAGCCUACAUAUGCAGCGUUUAACAUGAAUAUAGUCUCUGCGAACGCGGGAACAUUACUUUUAAAUUUCAAUCAAGCUAUAACACGGAUUUCCCGCGAAAUGAAUUGACUUGCUAUAACAAUCAAGCAAUAACACGGACCUUCCGCGAUACAGAUUGAAUUGAGCCCUAAGAAGUGUAUCUCCUAGGAAGAAAAAUAUAUUUUGUUUUUAAAUUGUCCAUUUCCUAAAUUAUUAUUGUUUUGUUGUACCGUUGUUAGGAUUUGCCUGUCCAAUAUCCAUUUUGAGAUAUUCAAGAUAUUUUUUAAAGUUAUGUGAAUGUUUAUAUUGCCAAGGAAUGUAAGGACACUGCUGUGGGAUAAAAAAAAUGUAUGACACACUCAAAACACUGGAAUGACAUCCAUAAAUUGAAAAAUGGUUUGGUUGGUAACCAUUUUUUAAAUAUAUACAGUGGGGCAAAAAAGUAUUUAGUCAGCCACCAAUUGUGC